AGAUCGGAGGGCGGAGGCGGAGUUACCGCCUCACAUCAGGAAAUUCAUUGUACAGUCUGUGGUUCAGUUAACCAUGUAAACAAAGGUAGUUAGUCCCACUCAAACAAGCUAAUGUUAGCUGCUAAGGUUCGCUAACAAUGUUAGAAACUUUAAUGACGUGCUUACUGCACUUAGGCUUUGCCACAAUCCAAAGUAAGUUGCUGUAACGUUAGUUACGUUACUUAAUUUCAAUUUACGCAAUUUAACUGACGUCGUUGCAGCUUAGUUAGGUUUAGCUAGUAACGUUAAUGCUGUCACAGAGGUUGCUUUGUUAGUUAACGUGAGGCAAGUUAACGUUAAGUUAUUUAACUACGAGGCUUGAUAAACACUGACAGUAUCACUUCUAGAUGGAGGCUUCUUUGGGAUCUCUGCAGAAUCCUGACCUAAGCUCUGUCCUGUCAUCAUGUGAGCCAGAGCUCCAGGAGCUGAUGAGACAGAUUGACAUUAUGAUCAGUCAUCAGAAGAGGGAGUGGGAGGCUGAGAUUCAGGCCAUGGAGCUCAGACUGAAAAGUGGGGAAGAAGAGCUGUUGACUUCCAGGAAUCUCAUUGAACGGAGGGACUUGGAGAUCGGAUUGCUCCGCAAGCAGCUAGAAGAAGUCCAGCCCGGUCGACAAGAGUUAAUUACCAAGUAUGAGCAGCAACUGCAGAAAGUCCGAGAAGAGUUAGAUAAAUUAAAGAGAAGUUAUCUCAAGCUUCAGCGCAAACAGCUCAAGGAGACCAAUGGAGUUACAAAUACCAAAGAGGCAGAGCGUUCAGAGGUGACCCAACUCAAUCAAAAGAUUGAGGAAUAUCACCAGCACUCUGUAGAGUGGGAGCAGCAGCGUAUCCAGUACCAAAAACAAGUGACAGCGCUAGAGACCCAAAAUAAGAGCCUGACUGAUGAGCUCACAUACGUGAAAUCCCAGUGGGCAUUGUGCCAAAAGGAGAAGGGUUUUGAGAUGCAGCGUCUGCGUACGCAGCUGGAGAAGGCUCAGGGCAGCAUGCACUCACAGGAGCUUGAACUGGAACGCCUCCGACCGCUCGAGAUAUGGCUGGGACAGAACCAGAGAGAGCAGCAGGUCAGCAGGAUGGUCCCUGCAGAGGAAAGGGAGGAACUGGUAUCCCAGAACACAUUAGAGCGAAGAGACGGUCUUGAAUGCCAAAGGCUUCUCAAUGGAGCUGCCAGACUCAACCAAGCGCUGCAAGCUAAAGAUCAAGUCAUUCGCUCUCUGGAGGACUGCCUGGCAGCGCAGGACUGUGCCGGUGUGGAAGUCCUCAGACAAGAUCUGGAGAAGACCGCAAUCAGGUUUUACUGCGCCGAAGCAAGCGAGGCUCAUCUUAGAGCUGAACUGGCAUGUUUGAAAGAGAGACUGGAGAGAGUGAGUGGACAGAAGACGGAGGACCUGAGGAGCGUUCAGGCACAAUAUGAUUCCUCUGUUGCUGAAAUGAAAAAGGGAAAACACUGGCGUGUAAAGCAUACCCAAGUGACAUCCAUAUUGUCAUUUGUCUGGACUCUACAGCUCAGAGAAGAGCUCCAGAGGGCCAGGCAGACUCACAGCGGUGAGGUGGAGGGAAUGAGGAAGGAGGUGUCUAAGCUGACCGCCGAGCUGCACCAACGUGACGUCACCAUCGCCACACUGAAAGGCUCUUCAUGCAGCACCCCCCCGCAGCCCCGUGGCCAGGUGGAGCGAGCAGCACCGAAGGCAGCUGAGCUCAGAGAGCCUCUGUCAGUGUCGCCUGCAGAGAGCAUGGUCUCUCAUUUCCUGGAGGAAGAGAGCUUUCUGGCCAAGGAGCUGGUCCAGAGACUGGACACCCACAUCCAGGGUAUGAGAGAGAACACUGAUGACAUAGUGUCCAAGUACCUGCCAAGUGGCUCAGGGCCCGAGUCUGCCCAGACUUCAGCACAGAAUAGUUAGUGAUGGAGUAAGGUGGAAUAAAUCUGAAAAAUGUGCCUUGAACAGCAGUGUGGAGGACUGUGUGGUUGUUCUGAAUUAGAUCGUACGCGGUGAAGAGAAUGACAUUUGUGGGGCAUUUGGUGUGUCCCUCAAAUGACUGUCAUAAGAAGUGUCAAAGGGAGGGAUUGUACUUCAAAAGUUCCAGUGAGCUCUCACGCUGUACAGUGCUGUGGCCUCAUACAGCCCGGCCCACUCCGUCCCCACAGUGUGGCCCGUGUUGUAUGAGGUUACACAUAUGACAUAGUAUUUGUCUUUCAUGGCUGAUUUGCUCAGAUAGCCGUCUGUGAUUUUUUUCUUGUUCUGUUUAUCAUGUAUUUAUUUGAUCUGUGUGGUGGCAGCUUUGAUGCGUUUUCACGCAAGGUAAAAAAAAAACGUUCCGGUCACAUUAAGCUCAACUUCAAAAACUAGCAAAAGCUGAUUUAAACACUUUGCAUCACCUUGUCUUAUGUAGCUGACAAGCAUACUGUCCCUGUCCCGUUCCUCCAUAAAA